CAAGAUGGAGGGUUGUCCACGGUCUUUAAUGUUAAAUGUGGACUUAAAAGAGAGCUUUCCUACGGAAUUUACCCCACCAUUGAAAACGUAUAUUCGAGACCACUACAACGAAGAUGCGGACUCGUACAAGAAUGAAUGCUCUCAGUUGGAACAACUUCGAACGGCCUCUCUUCGGCCAUCACAUGAUCACUCAGGGUGCAGUACACUACGGCGGUAUUAUGCUCAGCUGCAAUUUUUACAAUCCAGAUUUCCACUGGGUGAAGGAGGAGCAGUUAAUGUGCAGUUUACAUGGACUGAUCUCUAUUCAGAGGAACCAAUCUCAUUGUCUGAUAUAAGAUUUGAACAAGCUGCCAUUCUUCAUAACUUAGCUGCUCUACACUCUCAGCUAGGAUGCCAAGAGGACAGAACAGCAGAGGAGGGCAUGAAAGUAGCAUGCACUCAUUUCCAAGCUGCUGCUGGAAUUUUUCAGUUCCUCAAGGUUGGCUCUUUCUGUAGAACUGAACAUUUUAUUGAUCACUUUGCCAGUGAUGCAUUUUUUGAUAUGGCUGGCAAUCUGCUUCAGCUGUACAUCAAUGUAAUGCUGGGACAAGCACAGGAGUGUCUAUUAGAGAAGUCAAUUUUAGAUUCCCGCAAGGACUCACUGAUAGCAAGAAUAAGUAUGCAGGUACAUGAUUAUUACAAUCAAGCCCUACAGUUUUUGGAAUCUCAAGGUCCAUCCUAUGUUGGAUCCCGGAAAGCUAAGCUUUGGACCAAGAGUCUCAAGAUAAAGUGCUGUCAUUACCUUGCUGUGUCAUAUAUAUACAUGUCAAAUAAUGCAGAUGAAAAUCAAAAAUUUGGCGAGAAGGUUGCUUAUUUGAAAGCAGCAUCACAAAAGAUAACAGAAGCACAAAAGGCAUCCAAGGGUCAACCUGAACGAACUCAGGAGGUUUUACAGUUUGUUGUAGAUGUUGUAAGCAACAAGUACCAGGGUGCAGUUAAAGACAAUGAUUUUAUUUACCAUGAAGCUGUACCUGAGCUGGAUGCCUUGCCAGAAAUAAAAGCUGCACCUCUUGUGAAGCCCAUUCCAUUUCAACCAUGCGACUCCAGUGUGUCUGGUCCAGACAUCUUCCAAAGACUCAUUCCAAUUGAGGCACACACAGACUCCUCAUUGUACAGUGAGGAGAAAGCGAAAUUACUCAGACGAUAUGUGAGUUCCAUUGACCAGAAAAAUCAGUUGCUAAGUAAAGCUUUGGCUGACCUUCAUAUUGAUGAUCUUCUGGAACCUGAAGGAUAUGACACACUGCCAGCUGCUGUGAAACAGAAAAGUGACUCUUUGAAGAAAGAUGGAAAUUUAAAAGAAGUGGAAAAUAACAUAGAAGAACUGACAAAGAUUGGUUCCAAAGUAGAAGAUUUGUUAACUUCGCUUGUGAAAAUGCUAGAGGAGGACAUGCAAAAAGAAAAGGAAUUACUGGAGCUUGUUGGUCCAAUGACCCCCCCGCCAGAGAGGAAGGAUUUUGAGAAAGAACUUGAACAAUGCCAACAAUCACACAAGAAGGCAAUGCAGACAAACUCUGAGCUGAUGAAAGUUUUUAAUGAGCACAAGCAUAACUUAGUCUUGCUGUCUGGGCCCUCAGAAGGACUAAUAGCAGCUUUACCAUCUCUCAACAUCAUAGACACUCCAAUUGAUGAUGGAGCAGUUCAACGUCUCAGAGAUCUUAUUUCUAAGGUGGACCACAUGAAGUCUCAAAGAAAGCAGCUUGAGGCAGAGUUAAGAAAAGAGUUGGCUGAUGACGACAUCACGCAACUUCUCGUCACAAGGGAAGAUGGAAACAAGAUGGUUUACUUUGAAGAGCAACUGAAGAAGCAUGAUGGCAAGUGUGCACUGAUACAAGCCAAUUUGGAUGCUCAGCCAAAAAUUUUAAAGGCACUCACUGAAGCUAACGCAAAGUAUGCACCAACAAGACAAGCUGUUAAAGAAACAGCACAAAGGCGUGAUGAUGCGGUGCAGUCAUUUAUUUUGUCACACGAUACAUUUUUUGAACUGAAAGAGAAGCUCAGCCGUGGUUUGCGAUUCUACCAGGGACUGGAGAAGAAUGUCUUAAAACUAGAAGAGAAUCUCAAAGAAUUUUAUGAAAAUCGAAAAAAGGAAAUGGCAAAGAUUGAAGAGAAGGAGAAAAAGGCCAAAGAAAGAGCCAAGCCACCACCUGUUCGCCCUUCAGCAGUCAAACCAGACCACCUUGUUCAUCCUCCAGCAUCAUCAGUACCUGUUCCUUCAGCCAGUCAUUACCCGGGAGGACCAAUGAUACCAAACCCUGGAAUGAGACCUGGAGUUCCCAACCUUACACCUGAGGGAAUCCUUUUACAUCCAAGGAUUCCUGGCGGGGCGUUUCCGCCAACUUCAUUUCCUCGUGGUCCUCCUCCACACCCACCUGAUGGGAGGUUUAACCCAUCUGGCUCACCAAGACUUACAGGCAGGGCUCCUUUCUCGAUAGGUGACCCCAGGGUGCAAACUCCCGCUGUCCUUCCACAACCUGUACCAGAACAUAGGGUUCCUCAAACACUUCCUUCGCAAGUUUCUAUACCUCCAGUUAAUACGGCUGUACAGCCACACUCUACAGUUCCCUUUUCACAGGGAGGCCCUAGGGGGCCAACACCAGCUGAGCACUUGAUUCAUUCCACACCAAGAAUGUCAUAUCCUGUACCUGUGGGACCCUCUAUUCGGCCAGGGAGUCAGCCUGGAUUUCCGCCCGGCCAUCCUGGAGAAACCUACCAAGUACCUCAGCCACCAGGACACCAACCUCAUGGUCACCAACUUCCUGGUCAGAAACCCCUAAGUCAACAAGCCCCUAAUCAAUAUCCUUCUGUUGCCCAACACACUUCUGGUCCACAAUCCCCUGGUCAAAGCUCUGGCGGUCAGAAACCAACAGGUCACCAGCCUCUUUCACCCUUUGCAGUUGGGCAGGUACAUGUUCCUGGUGGUCCUCAAGGAUUGCCAUCGUAUGAUCAAGCGAAACUCAUUCAAGGGUUUCCACAGUUGGACAGGACACCUCAGCCACCAAUGCAACCUAAUCAAAACUUGCCACAAGGGCAACACCCUGGAAUAGCACAGCAGCAAAGAGAUAGGUUUCCACUACAAACAUUUACUUCCCAGCAGCAGUUUCAGGCUCCCAGAGGACCCCAACCAACAUCACAGCACCAGCAUUCCAGUCAGGCAGUGGCGCCUCAGAGGUAUCAGCCACCAGUUCAAUCCAGUUCAAUUUCACAACCUGUUUUACCUGGUGCAAGUCCGCAGCCUCCACGAAGCUGGAUAAGUCAGCCAUUUCAGUUUCCCAGAUUAUCCCAACAACCUCUCCGUCCUCCACCGCCUUUGCAUCCUCAGCAGGCUCCGCUUUCUUUGCAGCCUCAACGACCACAGCAUCAGCAACAACCAAGACAGCCUCAACAGCCCCCAGGCUCUCAGCAGCCGCAGGUGCUUCAGCAACCUUUGCAGCCUCAACAACAACUGACACCUCUACAACAGUUCCAACCACUACAAUCGCUGUAUCAAAGACAGCAGCAACCACAACAACCACAUACCCAACAGCAGCUACCCGCGUCAAGUCAACCCCAACUUAAGGAUCCCCUUCAACCACAGAAAAUGGCACAGGUUCAACCACCUUUGCAACCUCAGCAACAAUCUCAACCGUUGCUGCCCCCUCAAAAUCUUUCACAGUUUCAGAAGCAAUCACAGCAGCAGCAACAACAAUCCCAGCCACCUCAUCAAGUUCAACACUCUAAUCAACAGUUUCAACAACCACCGCAGUUUCAACAACAGUUUCCACAUCCACAGCCAAGAGAAUUAGCUCAACAUCCACAGCAGUUCCAGCCAACUCGUCAGCUAGAUUCCCCGCAGUUGUCGAAGCAGCAACAAUUUCAUUCACCAAUUCAGCCUCCUCAGGGUUACCAGCAACCCUUACCACCUCAGAAACAAUCCCAAUACUCGCAACCUUUACCGCUACAACAGCAAUCUCAACAACCAGUGCAGGGUCAACAGUUUCCCCAGAAGACACCUCAGCCACAGAACGUUGCGAAGCCAGAAGUUAUUCCUCAAGUUCCAUCACAAAUUGGCCAGAUAUCGGGGGUAUCUCGGCAGCAGCCAAUCUCUAAUACACCUUCACAGCCAUCCAUGCCAGGUUUAUCUCAGAAAUAUACAGGAUACAGUCCUGCUCAACAGGCCGGGCAGCCAGGUGGUGGCAAGUCCUCUCAACGUGAUAAUCCCUACCAGAUAGACAAAAAGGGUGCACAGGUUGGUCAACCCUCACAUCAACAACCUAGAGAUGGCUUUCCAUCCCAACACACUGUUAUGCAGCCUCCUGGAGCUAGUUUGCUGCCACAUAAUCCCUCUGCAUCUUCGUCAAACUGGGCUUAUCCUCAAACUUCACAGCCUUUGCCAUCAACUGGGGCGCCAUUUAAUAGGCAGCCAUUGUCACGUCAAGACUCAAAAGAGCAGCAACAAGGAUUUGGAGGAAUGCGAGGACAGGGUGUGCAGCAACUACAGUCAAACUAUCCGUCACAAGGAUGGCCACCCUCUCCUGUUCCCCAGCCAGCACCACAGGAGCACCUUCGUAAGGAACAAGCAGUUUAUCCGCCAGGUGUGGUUAGACAGACUUCGUCCGAUUAUGGGAAACAAUAUCCUCAACAGAACAUCGGAGGAUCCUCGUCAUCUUCUUCCUACCCACCUUAUAGUGGAAGUCCUGGUAAGCCUGUUCUACCUGGAUCGGAAGGUAGCCAACCAUACAGUUUCAGUCAGGGAUCGGCUCCUUCAUCUCCUCUGGUUCAAGGGGUGAGGCCGAGCCCAACAAGUACGCCGUCAUCUGCAUAUGCUAACAGCUACUCUGUUUCUGUAGCUCAAGCGCAGUUAAGUCAACAGCAGCAGAUGCAACAGCUCCAGACACAGAUGCUACUUCAGCAGCAACAGCUUAUCUUACAACAACAAGAGUUGCUGCGGCAUCAGCAGCAACAGCAGCAGCAUGACUCAGAUCAAGGUCAUAUUGCACAGCUGUUUCAACAGAUACUUCAGCAGCAAUCAAAGUUGACUGAGAUGGAGAAAAAGCUGAAGGACAGAGAGGAUCAUGAAAUCCAUGAUGAUGACCACGAUAAAGAACAUGUACAGGAAGACCUUGAGGGUGUAUCGCCUUGCAAACAGAGCAAAGAGGUGACAGAAAAAGACCUCCAUUCUCCAUCGCCUCAAAACUCUACCGGUUUUAGUUCGUCGUGGAGCAGUGGCCUCUCACAUCAGGUUAAUAGCAAACUUGAUAUGGAUCAAAUAUUUAAUGAUUUGGCCAAGAAGCAGAUAAGUGAAAUUUCUGAGAAAGGUAAACACGAGGAGGGGGAGGUGGUGGGUUCGAAGCCGACUGGUAAUAUAGACUCUGAUAUACAAGAACCCUUAAUGAAAAAGUCAAGUAAUGAUCGUGACUCCGUUAGAAAUGGGGAAGAAGUGAGUUCCGUUAACUCUCCUACAGUUACUGAACAGGACACAGCAACAGAAAGCGCAGGUCAUGGAAUACUAAAUAACACCAAGGGGGCGUCUCCCGAUAGAUCCGAACAGAAAUCGGAAGAUGAGGCUUCGACUGAUUCGACGUCUUUAAAGGAGAAGAAAUCAGAGGGAAACUGUCAGGAAACAGAAACCUCUUCUGAGAGAGACAAAGAGAAAGAAAGACUACGAGAAGUCGAAGAACAGAUUCAGAAGAUUAAAGAUCUUCAAAAAAAUUCUUUGUCAUCUCUUCCUCCAAAGCAGCAAUACUUAUACGAACCAGGCAAACUGCCUGAAACGUGUCAACUGCCUGUCAAGCAGCGUGAUUCAAAGCCAGCUGUUGACCCAAGCAAGCCAUCUUUGCACCGGCAGUGUGGCCAUUAUUACCAGACACAACAAUCCGGCGCCAGCAUUGGGCAGGACGAGAACAACGAGUGUCUGAGCGACGAAGAGUAUCUUCAAAAGCUAUGCCGCACAGUGGAAACGUUUGAAGCUCUUGUGGUCAACAUGGAACAGAGACGGGAAAAUGCGCCUUACAAUGGAUUCAUUCACGAGUGGAAGGUGCUGGAGAAGAUGCAGGAAACCGACGCUGCUAUGUUUUCAACUCAAGCAGCCACAUUGAAUUCAUCCAAGAACAGAUACAGAGACAUCUUACCAUGGGACCACUCAAGGGUGACACUGGAUACUAAAGAAGGAGGAGACUACAUCAAUGCUAGUGCUAUUAAGAGAGUGACGCCACUGUCUCCAGAUUAUAUUCUGACCCAGGGCCCCAUUGCCGCAACCUUGGGAGACUUCUGGCUGAUGGUCUGGGAACAGAAAUCCACAGUUAUUGUCAUGCUUACAAAAGAGGUGGAAGGAAACCGGCUGAAGUGCCAUCAGUACUGGCCAAUAGAUGAGGGUCACACAGUGGUGUAUGGAGCAAUGAGGGUCCACAUGAGGAGCCUAAAUCACUGCCAGGCCUGGAUCGAGCGAAUUAUGCACGUUCAACAUGCUGAGAGCGAUGAACUGCUGGUCGUGACGCAUUUGCAGUUUGUUGGUUGGCCUGAUCACGGAGUUCCUCAUUCACCAUCCGAUUUGUUGACCUUUUUGUCGGAGGUCCGUAAUCAAUACGAGGAGAAUGACCCUAACGCUGAGAGGCCGCUUUUGGUACACUGCAGCGCUGGUGUGGGCCGAGCAGGAACGUUCUGUGUUAUUUACACUGCAAUCUGUGAACUGAUUGGUACUGGACUCAUUGUGAAUAUUCCUAAACUUGUCAGAAACUUCAGGAAACAUCGCAAGCUCACUGUUCAGAAAAAGGAGCAGUAUCAAUUCUGUUACCGAGCCAUUCUGUUUUACGCAAACCAGUUUAUCCAGCUAGAGAAAACUGCGAUUGAAUUCAAGAAAAAAAAGAUCGCCUCGACCUCCGACAUUGGUGACGUCAAUGUUGCGCCGUCGAUGACGUUACUUGAUGCCGAUGGUCAUCGGAAACCUGAUGGAGUCAGUUUUUUGGGAGAAAUCUCUGACGAGGACAGCUCUGAUGACGAUAGCAAGGACACAAAAAGUUAUCCAGGGCUUGAGCCGAGAGAGGUUGAAGACAGGAUACGCGAAAGUCAAAGUUUUAGAGCACAAGAUGGAAGUCAAGAUGCGGCCUUACCAGAUGUGAAUGAUAAUUGCGAGGCACAGAGCGCUGCUAAAGAUACUGCGAACACUUGUGAAGAUUCUGUGGGUGAUGGAGAUCGCCUUGAAUUGAGUGAAAGAACUGAGGAAAAAUAUCAACCACAAGAAGUUUCUAAAUCGAAAAGUGCGUCCAUCGACGUUGAUGAUAACAAGGCGUCAAGUUUGGAAGCUGUAUCUGGUAAUACAGAUGUUUCAACAAGGAUCGACAACGAAGAGGAACAAAAUGCUGUUCAAGAUUCAUCUCAGUCAAAUUAUAAUGUCGUCAACGCUGUGAAUGAAAUUCAGGAUAUUAGUGAAUCGCCAGUGGCUGAUGAAGAUCCUUCAGCAACAAUAACAGCAUCUCCAAACGAAGACAAUAGGAAGACGAAGACUUGUGCAGAGGACGAUGUCGAGGAGUCUGUGAAGAGUGGAUUGGGGGAGGUGAAAGAGGAAACUGCUUCAAAUGACAGAAAGGGUAAAGAGGUAGAGGUCCAGGAAAGCAAAACAAGAUAUUCUGUGGAGGAAGAAAUAUUGGAUGGUACGGAAAGAGAUGGAAAAGAAACUGAUGUUAAAGGAGAGAUUCAAAGUGGAGAAAAUGCGCAAGAACUUCAAAAUGUUGAUCUUCCGGCCAGGGUUAACACGAAACAGGCGGGCUGUAGUGAUUUAUCAAUGAAAGAAAUUGAUUCACAGGUUGUGCUGAACGACGAAACCCUUAAACAGCAAGAAAAACAGCAAAAUAAUAUUGACUCUACGCCACAAGAUAGAGUGGGAGAACUACAAAGCAUGGAAGAACAAUUUGUGGCCGAGUCUUGGCAACGAGAUGAAGGCAGCGGAGAAACUAAUCCAGGUAAAACAUAUCAACAAAAGAACGAUGUGGUUACAGAUAAACUACUCAAUGAAGAGAAAGCUGAAAGUCAACCCGCUCAAGAUACAGAAGAGAGCGCAACGACUUGUCAAAAGGAUGCAAAUGUAGAGUCAAUGUCUAAAACAGACAAUGAAGAUGACAGUCCUCAACAUAUAACCGAGUAGUAUGAAAAUGAGAAAAAGAACGAAAACUAAGUUGAAAUGAAAUAGAAUUUCGUCUUCUCGAAGGAAGUGUCCUCUGAGAGGACAGAAAGCAAUCAUAUACUAUGCCUUUGAAUUUUUUUUAUUGACAUUUUUUUUAAGUUAAACUGAAAUUUGUUGUUGAUUGAGAAGUACAUCAAGAUUAUUGGCAUUUUAGGUUCAAAUUUAUCGUAAUUGGUUUGGUUAAGUUUUGAAAUUAUAUCAAGUAUAUUAUUGUAAUCAAACAGGCUUAACAGGAAUUCUCACUAGUUGAAUAUUUAAUACUUCCUUGCAAAGAAGAUGGCAGUCUGUUUAACCGGCAUUUCCCUGAUGAGGUCAUGUUCAAUGUGCCUGCAGUAAGUGUCAACAGGACAAUCCUAUUUUUAGAUCUAGGGAAAAACCGUGGUCACGUCAGGGUGUGAGAGUAAUGUAUUUAUAUAUCGGAUGAGUGCUUUGGAUUUUUUUUUCUUCGGUAAUUUUAUGAGCAUGCAGAGCUAGUUUCACAAUUACCGGCAGUGUCUGGUCGUUUCUCCUAAAUCAAUCUGGGACUGGGGGAAUUUCAAUUUAAAAUAAAAUACAUGGCUGCAGCCAUUUUCAAGUUUUAAAAUAACAAUAGCACGAGCACCAUUUUGAAAUGAACAAAGGAACAAUAAAUUACGUAGCCAAACAAUGGAAUGAUAGAGGAGAUCUCAGUCAAGGAAACCCUUAUAAUUGUGAGUGUUAUUGGGACAGUAUGAACGCAGUCCAGUAUGAAUGCGGUCCAUUGUCUGCCCUGUUUCUGUCGUAAGACACCUGAAUAUUGUACAUCCGGGUUUUUAUGAGCAAUUUUGCCUCAUUAAAAGUUGUUCGUGGUUUUCAAACGUUUGAAAAAACAGCAAAUGGAACAAUUAAAAGAUCAUA